AGAAGUGCGGGAGGGAGAAGCAGAGAGAAGACCCUGGAGGGAUGUUGCAGCCGGAGCCCCCUCCCUCCUGCUGGGUGGGGUCAGGGCUCAGCUGGGGUGGCUGUGGCCUAGGGACCCCUUCAUCCAUCCUGGUGUGGCCCAAGGUGUCUUGGGGGGCCCGGAGCCUGGGUGGGCGAUGGGGAAAACGGCAGGGAUAGCAGUCAUCCAUAUGUCCAUCUUGCUCCCUCUCCAAGGUCAUCUCCAGCAGAGGGGUGGGGUACCUGCUCUCCUCUAUUGCCCCUCACGGGGCCCCUUUUGCCUCCAGCAGGGCCCACAGUUGCCCCCUGGAGCCCUCCUCCUGCCCCUCAUGAGGCUGACCUCUGCCCCCUCAGGGACCCUGCUUUGCCAUCUGUGGGACCAUCGUGACUGUCCUCAUGAGCUCUCCUUGCCCUGACAGCAGGUCUUGCUCUGCCUCUGUGGGGCUGCUGCUAACAGAGAGGCCGACACGGGCCCCCUUUCUUCCCCCCCAGGGCUGUGUUUGCCCCUAACGAGACGUCUGGGGCUGCCAAGGAGUUGACGGAUGCCGAGGGAAUCACGCUUUGCCCCUGCAGGGCCAGCUGCCUGUCUCCCCACCAGCCAACUUCUCCAGCCCAGGCCUCUGGCUUCCAGCCUCUGAAGCUGCCCUGGGCUUCAUCCCGUCUCUUCCCAGCUGCAGUGUACAACCAUCUCUCCCUGAUGCUGUCCGUGCACUUGCGGUUUGGGCCCCUUUUUCUCUCCCUGUCUCCUUGUUCCUGGAGAGCGGGCUGAGGGCCAAACCUGACACUAAGCAGAGAUGCAUGCAGCCCUCCUCUGUGUUGGAACCGGUCCCCCUCCAUGGCUCUCCCAUCUGGAUUGCCGGCCCUCAUACAGCCGACGGUCAUCCUCAGGGGGUCUGAAUGACUGGGUCUUAGGGGAGCUGAGCCACUCUCCUGGCUCCUCGCAGGGCUUCGUUACACUCCACCAGUCCCUUCUGCUCCACGCUAACGAGGCAGCUUGGUCCAGCGAGGCUGACGAUUGUCACAGGGCCUUUGCUUGCCCCACGAGACCUGCAUGCCCUGUGCAUGGGGACCGUUUUGACCAAUAACUCAAAGCAAAGCAAGUGGGUCACAGUUUAGAGCGACCUCUUACAGCCCAUGUCAGAAAGGAAGUUAAAAGAAGAUGUGCUUUACCUGCGCGUCACAAUGGGAUCCAGACAGCAGCUCGACAGAAAGGAACCACUAUAAAAAGUGACUAGUGAAUAUUUCUGACAUAACCGUAUAUGGGAAACGCGGAAGACAAGUGUAAGCAUACAUAAAAUCAGGAAAAGAAACUGAAAGUUGUAGAGAACAUUACACAGGAAAAGGAAUAAAACUACUUGAAGCCCAGCGCGGUGACGGAUGCAGGGCGGCUGAACUCCCCGUUCCCAUCAGGAGGCUUGGCUCCCUGCAGCCCCAAUCUCACCCUGGGCGGUCUGUGCAGCCGGGCGCAGGGUAAUCUCUGACUGUGGAUGGAAAGUGAAAGCUCCUGACACCGCUUUCGCUGAGUCCAGCCCUGAAAACAGCACUCUGGGCGGGGGUGGAAGUCAGCAGAAAUCAGCUGCUCUGGCGCUGGGGCAGGAUCAUGGACGGCCGGGGACCGUGGCUGGAGCCCGAGCUCAAGCCCGGAGACCUCAUUGAGAUUUUUCGCAGAGGCUACCGGCACUGGGCCAUCUAUGCGGGCUAUGGCUAUGUCAUCCACCUGGCCCCCCCAGGGGAGGCAGCGGAUGCAGGAUUCUCCAGCCUGUUCUCGGUGCUGACGGACAAGGCGGUGGUGUGCCGGGAGCUGCUCUGGACUGUGAUGGCAGGAGACCGGUACCGGGUGAACAACCUGCACGACCAGCGGCUGCAACCGCGGCCCCGCGAGGUCAUCGUGCGUGAGGCUGAGGCCCAGGUGGGCCAGGAGCUGCCCUACAGCAUCACCACGGAGAACUGCGAGCAUUUCGUCACCCAGUUGCGCUAUGGUGUCGCCCGCAGCGAGCAGGUCCGGGAUGCUGUGACUGCUGGGGCGGCCGGUGUUGCCCUCUUGGGUGUCUUGGGGGCUGGGCUUUUUGUGGGAAAGAUGCUGUUGCGGAGCAGGAAAGAAGAGGAGUAGCUCACCCCCACUUGGCUCCAUAGACCCACUGUGCCUAUCUCUCGCUCUGGGAACCUUGGGAGCACCUUCCUGCCGCCCCACCUCCCCCAGCCUUGGGACCCCUCACCCCUGCCAGCUGGGGCAAAUGAAUGAGGGACAUCCAUGUCUGCCUUUCCCACUGGUGCGGUGCUUCAGAGCUCUGUCUUGUUGCUGCUUCCUUUGUGGUGCCAGCACCCCUCCCUACCCUUGGGGCACUUGAUUAUGCCCCUGCCCCCCUAUCUUUCACAAGAUAUCUUUUUACCAAAUUAUAGAUGAAAAACAAGUCAUAUACUAAAAACCGAACAUAUUUUAAUGGUAACAUGUUUUAAUGUUAUUUUAAAAAAAAAUUUUUUGUCCUGAUUUAUGGCUUUUUGAAUCGUGGAUGUAGAGAUGAUUGCAUAAUAGCUCCAUAUAAAG